AGGCUGGCCGUGCUAGUAUAGCAGGAUCUCAGUGUUCUCUAUUUCCUUCCAGCUCGAUCUCUGAGGGAGUCACCUCGCAGCCAGUACCGCUACCGUCACCAUGCACAAAUCCGAGGAACCCGAACAGCUGCGUAAGCUCUUUAUUGGAGGGCUCAGCUUUGAGACUACAGAUGAUAGCCUGAGGUCACACUUUGAACAAUGGGGAACACUCACAGACUGUGUGGUGAUGAGAGACCCAAAUUCAAAGCGUUCUCGUGGAUUUGGCUUUGUUACCUACUCUUCAGCAGAAGAGGUUGAUGCUUCAAUGAAUGCCAGGCCACACAGGGUGGAUGGGCGUGUAGUUGAACCAAAAAGAGCAGUUUCAAGAGAGGACUCAACAAAGCCAGGUGCUCACCUCACUGUUAAAAAGAUCUUUGUGGGAGGUAUAAAGGAAGACACUGAAGAACAUCACUUAAGAGAUUAUUUUGAGCAGUAUGGAAAGAUUGAAGUUAUUGAGAUAAUGACUGAUAGAGGCAGUGGCAAGAAAAGGGGCUUUGCUUUUAUUACAUUUGAUGAUCAUGAUUCGGUGGACAAAAUAGUCAUACAGAAAUACCAUACUAUCAAUGACCACAACUGUGAAGUGAGGAAAGCUCUAUCCAAGCAAGAAAUGGCAACUGCUUCAGCCAACCAAAGAGGGCGUGGUGGUUCUGGAAACUUUGGUGGAAGAGGUGGAUUUGGAGGCAGUGAAAACUUUGGAGGAGGAGGACGUGGUGGCAGCAACUUCAGUGGCAAUAGAGGUGGUGGGGGAUAUGGUGGACGUGGCUACGGAGGCGAUAAUUAUAAUGGCUUUAAUGAAGGUGGAUAUGGUGGCAGCCCACCUUAUUCUGGAGGUGGAGGUGGACGUGGCUAUGGAGGUGGCCAGGGAUAUGGAGGUGGACAAGGAGGCAACUAUGGUGGAAAUGGAGGUGGAUAUGAUGGCUACAAUAACGGAGGUGGCAGUGGCUAUGGAGGCGGAAAUGGCAACUUUGGCAGCGGUGGUGGUGGAGGUGGUGGUGGUGCUGGAGGAUAUAAUGAUUUUGGCAGCUACAACAGCCAGUCCUCUAACUUUGGCCCAGUAAAAUCUGGCAAUUAUGGAGGCCGAAGCUCUGGACCUUAUGGAGGAGGUGGCUAUGGUGGUGGGUCCAGUGGUAGUGGCAGCGGCAACGGUUAUGGAAGUGGGAGGAGAUUUUAACUUAACAGGAAGCAAUGCUUAGCAGGAGAGGAGAGCCAGGCAAGCGACAGGUUACUACAAAAGUUGAAUUCAGCCAAGCACAGUUGUAGCAGGGCAUAGCUGCUGCAUGAAGAAAUGUUAGUGAAUCUUUUUAACGUGUGAGGAAAACACACAGGACUAUGCGUGACUAAUUGUAUGAAGACUAAGCUUAUGUUGAAGUGUAAAACAUUCCUAAGGACUGAGUUUUUUUUUUUUAAUAUAUAGGAUUUUUAUUUUCCUGCAGUUGUGUUGGUAAAGGACUGUACAAACUGGAUCAUGACAUUUAAUAAAUGUUUUUUAUACA